GAGCUUAAAAGUAGGAGUAGGAGAGCUGGAAAGGAGGAAGAAAAUUUUCUAGUUUAAUUAAAGAAAACAAACAAAACAAGAAAAAACAGCUGAUUUGAUACCUAUGAAGGAAAAAUUAGUCCAAAAGAUGUUAGAAUAGAGGAGAUUGACCGCGUAUAUGCAAAAGUAAAUUAAUAGGGACGUAUAGGAUUUUCCACUCUAUCUGAUACUUGAUGCGCUUGGAUGAAUUUGGUGCAGGGUACUUGUCUCGAUCAGACUCGAUAACAAUCAACAAUUACAACUCUAACCUCUAAUCGAGAACGGAGCCGGUUCGUUGAACUGCAGACACGUUGCUGUUUCGUGUUACACGUGCGUGUUUCACGAGUGUGUUACUCGCGGAUAUAUGAGAAAAAUAGGAUAAUUAUCGUCUGAUUUCGCAAAAGAGCGGAAUAGUUAAUUGAUUAAUUUGAGGAAACUGAUGAUCUAAUUAGAGAGAUAUAAUCAAGUAGUUGCACAAACGUCGCGGUUUUUACCCAUCAUGAUUCGAUCGGGUCUUGUACUCAUUCUCGUCAUCGCUGCUUCGCACGUUAUCGUCGGUGAUGACUGCAAAGGAUGUGUGCCCUUGGAUUCAUAUUCGUUCGACAAGGUUAUUCCCAAGUUCAAGGCAGUGCUUGUUAAAUUCGAUGUCGCAUUUCCAUAUGGUGGCAAGCACGAACAAUACGCGACCGUAGCUGCCGAUACCAAAGAUUCGCAGGAUCUCCUGAUAGCCACAGUGGGUGUGAAGGACUUUGGCAAUAAGGAUAAUUCUGAUCUGGCGCAACGUUACAACAUUAAGAAAGAUGACUUUCCAGUAGUUUUACUAUUUAUACAAGGCAAAUCGGCACCAAUCAGUUUCACUCCUGAGAGAGAUUCCGAUUUUACGGGCGAAUACUUGAAGAGAUUUAUCAGAUCUAGAUCGAGAGUGUACUUGGGCCUACCAGGAUGCGUACAACGGCUGGAUAAGCUAGCCGAAGAAUUUAAAGCUGCGGGAGAGCAGGACAGGCAGGACAUAUUGAAGAAGGCAAGAAUCUUUGAAGAAACUCUACCGGAAGAGCAACGAGAGGCAGCAAAAAUUUAUGUCAAGACUAUGGAGAAGAUCCUGGAGCGAGGAGAUGUAUUUGUACAAACGGAAGAAACGCGAGUACAGGGGCUUCUUUAUAGAGGAAAAUUGUCUGAUCAAAAGAAGCGUACGAUGGAAGAGAGACGAAACAUCUUGCAAUCUUUUUCAGCGAGGGAUGAGCUAUAGAGCUGUAUUCAAAUUAUUAAUUAUCAGCCUAACAAUAAGUAACCUAGCAACCAAAUUUUAGUCCGAGUGUGUCGAUUGAUACGUUAUACAUAUUUUCAAGUUCAAGAUCAAGUUUUAUAAAGUGGCUGUAGAAACAGGAACCGCGCAUGUAUUAAGAUACACACUUUAUUUUUUAUUUAAAAGACACUACUAUUACUUGAAAGAUUAUUUUGCAUUCCUUGGUCCAUUCCUCUGUAACGAAAUAUUUCUCGCUUGCUUUGUACUCUAUGGGCAAACGCAAAAUGCAACGUGAUUCACUAUUUCAUGCAAUUAGUAUUUAUUUUUUCUUCUGUACAGAAAAUACAGAUGAAUAUAAAGUAAAAAUAGGCAAUAAAUAUUGAAAAUAUAUAAUUCUCAUAUCCAAGACUAUCUGUCCGUUUGUCAAAUCACUCAAAUCAGUCAUUUAAUAUUUAUAUUUAUUGCUUGUGUAUCUGAAAUUGAGUCUCGUUGGAAGCCGAGCCAGCCUCCGUCCUUUCCGACUCACGACAUAUUUGAUCCAUUGACAAUGACCAUUAAAUAAAAAUCAUUCAAUUGUUCAAUUCGUUUAAUCUCUUUUGAUUUAUAGUCACAUAAUUUAGACGUUCAUGCAAAAUCUCAAAUUUAUGGAUCUAAUAGAUAAGCAAGAAAUGUGUUAAGUUAAUUUAGUAUUAUAUGUAUUACAUAAAGCAUAUAAAAUAGCAGUAGACAAUUUAAAAGAAUGAUUAAAAAUAUUCUCUAAGAAAAUAUAAGAUUGCCAGGUUGUGGAUAAGUAAGAUGACACAUCAUAAAAAAAAGUAGACAAGUGGAUCAAUUUUAUAUUACAUACUCUUUCAAUAUAUAAUAUUCAUUCUUUUUAAGGUAACGCGUAAUUACUAUCAAAAAAAACAUGUGAUAUAAUAUGCAUAAACGAAUCAUCUUUGUGAAAUAAUGAAUAAAUAAAAUACGGAGAGCUUUCUGUUCGUA